GUUGUUGCUGCUGGUGGUGGUGGAUGUGUGGGUUGAACAUUACGAGGUUGAAGGCCCCCCCUCCGUCUUUCAUCCAACAGGUUGCGGCUGACAGACGGUGCAGGCACCUGGAAGGUAGAGCGGUGAGGCCACCAUGCGGUGAAAACCUAGAACUGCACGGAGUUUUCCUGCAUGGGGAGAUCAUCCUCAUCUUCCUCAUCCCUCCGCCCCCUGCGGUGCUCGGCGGUGGAGACGAGCUGAGGUGAUCCAAGCACACCGAGGGAGACUCGACCGUGCCCCGAUAGAGUAAACAAACAGGACAUUUCCAAACCCCGACGAGGACCCGUCUGUCUUGACCCGCCAAGAUGGGGAACCGGGGCAUGGAGGAUCUGAUCCCCCUGGUGAACCGCAUGCAGGAUGCAUUCUCCGCCAUCGGCCAGAACGCCAACCUGGACCUGCCCCAGAUCGCGGUGGUGGGCGGCCAGAGUGCGGGGAAGAGCUCGGUGCUGGAGAACUUCGUGGGGAAGGAUUUCCUUCCACGUGGGUCUGGCAUCGUGACCCGUCGUCCUUUGGUCCUGCAGCUGAUGAACUGUCCCACAGAGUAUGCUGAGUUCCUCCACUGUAAGGGCAAAAAGUUCACAGAUUUCGAUGAGGUCCGACAGGAGAUUGAGGCGGAGACCGACCGCAUGACGGGUGCCAACAAGGGCAUCUCCCCCGUCCCCAUCAACCUGCGCGUGUACUCCCCGAACGUGCUCAACCUGACACUGGUGGACCUUCCGGGCAUGACCAAGGUACCCGUGGGUGACCAGCCGGCCGAUAUCGAGGCUCAGAUUCGAGACAUGCUGCUGCAGUUCGUCACCAAGGACAACUGCCUGAUGCUCGCUGUCUCACCGGCGAACUCAGAUCUGGCCAACUCGGAUGCUUUAAAGAUCGCCAAAGAGGUUGACCCUCAGGGUAUGAGGACCAUUGGUGUCAUUACCAAACUGGACCUUAUGGACGAGGGGACGGACGCCAAGGACAUCCUUGAGAAUAAACUGCUUCCGCUCCGAAGAGGUUACAUCGGUGUGGUCAACCGGAGCCAAAAAGACAUCGAUGGAAGGAAAGACAUCACUGCCGCCAUGGCCGCAGAAAGGAAGUUCUUUCUCUCCCACCCUGCCUACAGGCACCUGGCCGAACGUAUGGGCACGGUUUAUCUGCAGAAAAUCCUCAAUCAGCAACUCACCAACCACAUCCGGGAUACGCUGCCGGCUCUGAGGGCCAAGUUACAGAGUCAGCUCCUCUCCAUUGAGAAGGAAGUGGAGGAGUACAAGAACUACAGACCCGAUGACCCGUCUCGCAAGACCAAAGCUCUGCUCCAGAUGGUGCAGCAGUUCUCCGUGGACUUUGAGAAGUGCAUUGAGGGCUCCGGGGACCAAAUCGACACGGCCGAGCUGUCCGGUGGUGCCAAGAUCAACCGCAUCUUCCACGAACGCUUCCCCUUCGAGCUGGUCAAGAUGGAGUUCAACGAAAAGGAGCUCCGCAAGGAGAUCAGCUACGCCAUCAAGAACAUUCACGGCAUCAGGACGGGUCUGUUCACCCCCGACCUGGCCUUUGAGGCUAUAGUGAAAAAGCAGAUCCAAAAACUGAAGGAGCCCACACUGAAGUGUGUAGAUAUGGUUACGAGCGAGCUCACCUUCACCAUACAAAGGUGUAGUCAAAAGCUGGCUCAGUACCCGAUGCUGAGGGAGGAGAUGGAGAGAAUUGUCACUCAGCAUAUCAGAGACAGAGAGAACCGCACUAAAAGCCAGGUGCUGCUGCUGAUCGACAUCGAGUUGUCGUACAUGAACACCAACCACGAGGACUUUAUCGGCUUCGCCAACGCCCAGCAGAGGAUCAGCCAGAUGAGUAAGAAGAAAGCAGCCGGCAAUCAGGAUGAGAUCAUGCCGGAGAGAGGGGUUAACGAUCGGUUCAAGGUGAUCCGAAAGGGAUGGCUGACCAUCAACAACAUUGGAAUCAUGAAGGGCGGAGCCAAGGAAUACUGGUUUGUCCUCACCGCUGAGUCGCUCUCCUGGUACAAGGAUGACGAGGAGAAGGAGAAGAAGUACAUGCUGCAGGUGGACAACCUGAGACUGCGGGACGUGGAGAAAGGCUUCAUGUCCAGCAAGCACAUUUUCGCCCUCUUCAACACCGAACAAAGGAACGUGUACAAGGACUACCGUCAGCUGGAGUUGGCCUGUGAGAGUCAGGAAGAUGUGGACGCGUGGAAGGCCUCCUUCCUCCGAGCUGGCGUGUACCCCGAACGUGUCACGGAGAAGGAAGGCAAGAGCGAUGGAGGUGAUGAAAAUGGCUCAGACAACUUCAUGAACAGCAUGGACCCUCAGCUGGAGCGUCAGGUGGAGACCAUCCGUAACCUGGUGGACUCCUACAUGGCCAUCGUCAACAAAACUGUCCGCGACUUGAUGCCCAAGACCAUCAUGCAUCUCAUGAUUAAUAACUGUAAAGAGUUCAUAAACGCCGAGCUGCUGGCCCAGUUGUACUCGUGUGGCGACCAGAAUACCUUGAUGGAGGAGUCUCAGGAGCAGGCGCAGCACCGCGACGAGAUGCUGCGGAUGUACCACGCCCUGCGCGAGGCGCUUAGCAUUGUCGGCGACAUCAGCACGACCACCAUCUCCACCGCCAUGCCGCCGCCUGUGGAUGACUCCUGGCUACAGGUUCAGCGAGGUGGAUCCGGAGGAAGGUCUCCUGCCACCAGUCCUACUCCGAACCGCAGGGCGCCACCAGGCCCUCCGGCUCGCCCCGGUUCCCGUGGGCCUCCUCCCGCCGGUGGACCUCCGGUACCGUCUCGCCCUGGGGCUUCUCCGGACCCUUACAGCGGGCCCCCGCCCACCGUGCCCUCUCGGCCUAACCGUGCACCUCCGAGCGUGCCCAGGCCGCUGCGCUGUGAUGGCGCCAUGUUCGGCACGUGGUGACGUCGUCACGGUCGCCACGUGGCUAUGGCGCCGCGUCCGGCACUUUGGCUCACGGUGAUGACGCCGCAUCCGGCACACGGUGAUGACGCCACUUCCGGCACACGGCGAUGACGCCACUUCCGGCACACGGCGAUGACGCCACUUCCGGCACACGGCGAUGACGCCACAUCCGGCACACGGCGAUGACGCCACAUCCGGCACACGGUGAUGACGCCACUUCCGGCACACGGUGAUGACGCCACAUCCGGCACACGGUGAUGACGCUACAUCCGGCACACGGUGAUGACGCAAGUUAAGGCACACGGUGAUGACGCCACUUCCGGCGCACGGUGAUGACGCCACAUCCGGCACACGGUGAUGACGCCACUUCCGGCACACGGUGAUGACGCAACUUAAGGCACACGGUGAUGACGCCACUUCCGGCGCACGGUGAUGACACAACUUAAGAUACAUGGUGAUGACAGGUCAUCAAUCAGGGUCAAUAAUCAUCAGGGUCAUUAAUCAUCAGAGUCAAUAAUCAUCAGGUUCAUUAACCAUCAGGGUCAUUAAUCAUCGUUAGGGUCAUUAACCAUCAGGGUCAUUAAUCAUCAUUAGGGUCAUUAACCAUCAUUAGGGUCAUUAGGGUCAUUAGGGUCAUUAAUCAUCAUUAGGGUCAUUAGCCAUGGACUACAAGUGUAUCAUAUUCUUUUUUUACAGCUUAUUUUUAAAUACCAUUUCCUGCUAAAUCGUCAUGAAAACUCUUACUGGUGAACGUGAUGAUCCACACAUUGUCCA